AUGUCUAUAAGAUCGGGAUCAUAUGAUGAGAAUCGUUCGCUUUCAGGACGAUAUAGUGCUCAUGAUUCCCACGAGACCCAAAGUUUAGGUAAACCGAUGAGGAUACAUUAUAGCGCGAAUAGUGGAUCCAUAUUUGAUGAGAGCGAUGGAGAUGACUUGGAAUUUGAUGAUACACAAAUGGAAACUCCAAAGGUACUUAGGAAUCAGAUGAGAAAAACAGACUCUCUUAAUGGGCUAAUGACGAAGCGAGAAGGGCUUUCUUCAACUUCAAGGAAUAGAAGUGAUGAAAUACAUCAUGAUAUGAUUAUGAAGUUACCUCUAAACGAUGAAAAUGGAGCUACAUCUUUCCACAGGAAUAUCUCUACACCUAUAAGUACAAGAAAAGCAUCUAUGUAUGGAGCAAGAAAUGGAACGCCAAGGAGAGUUCUGCCUUUUGCGAGAAAGGUAUCUUCACAUGCUCAGGGCGAGGACGCCGAAGAAGACGAGGAGGGUGAAUUUAUACGUAGUCAAAAACUUAUAUCUGAAGACAACAAUUUUUCUCCGAGAAGGGCUUCAAAGUCUAGAGUUGGCUCAUCAAGUGGACAAAUUGCAAAUCUCACUCCAAAGAGUAGAUUAGCUUCAACUGAGGUUGUUUCAUCGGUCCCCACUAGUUUUAAAGUGAGACCGCCUAAGUCGUUGUCAUUCGAAACCCAACAUGUGUCUAAUACCAGAAGCUCACCCAAUUUGGUUGAAAGCGCUAUGCUUUCUGUACAUGAUGACAUAGAAUUUGAUUCUUCAGAUUCAGAUGAUAUCGAAUUAGCCAAAAGAAAUCCCUUUGAUGUCCAAGGCAACGAUCCUGAAGAGCACAUGAGUGACCUUGCGCAAAAAGCACCUCUCAGACGCUCGAGCGGUGCCUCAGAUAUAAAUAAGGGCCAGUUUGAGCCGCCCAUUCCUAGUCUGACAAGUAGAUCUCAAAAAGAAAAUCUCACGGAAGUGAAGAGCCUUCCGAAUUCUAGGGCUUCAGAAAGAAGAAACGAAUCAUCUCCCAAGGGUCCCGAGGAUAUCUCAAGAGCAGAUUUACUUGAGAGAAUUAAUAUGACGAUCAACUCAAUACGAGACAGCAGUGACGCGAUACAUAGCGGAAAUGCAUCGUCUCAUAAAGUAUCAUCUCCUAUUAAAAGAUCACCUUCGAUAAAAUUUACUUCACCUGUCAAAAACCCGUCCCCGCUCAGAAAUACAUCACCUAAUAAUUAUAUCCUAUCACCACAACAUAACGAAGAAGAUAUAGAUGAUGAGAGGGAAGUUGAAAGCAUUGUCCCUGGAACUAUUCUUAAUUCUGACAUUGAAAUUGAUGCUUUGACACUGAGUGACUCUCAGGAAGAUAUUUUACAUGAGUUGGAUUUUCGAUUAAGUAAGAAACCAGGGGCAACUUCAAAUCACUCUAAUGUUGACUCACGUCCACUUGAUAUGACUGCUUUUAGACAAACAGAUGAACAAUCGGUUGUAGAACAUGAAUCGCUAGCUGAUAAGUACGAAAUGUCCAGGAUCGGUUUUCAAACUUCCUUCGAUACCUCACUGCCGAAGAUCCUUGGAUCUCCUGAAAGGCUUUCUAGAUAUCGAAAUGAGAUCGAAGAAUGGUCUUCUGAUAAAUGGCUGAAAUUGAUGAAGGUCAUCGAUUCUCCAAACUUAAGUAAAAACGACUUGUUAAAUAGUGAUGUGCUCUUACAGGGCCUUGGUUGUUCAUCUAGACAUGAGUUGAGACAAAGAAUUAAUUUUCUAUUAGAUUUUAAAUUGUUGAAGAAGAAAGCGAGGGGGGCAGUUUCUCAUAAAAAUAAAAGAUAUAAACGGCGACCAAAGAAAGUUGCAUGA